AACCUGAAGCACUCGAAUCGCAUCUCUAGACGGCACGCAUGUCCAGCAUAGAUUCAAACUUUGUCAUUGACGACAACUUCGCACUGGCAACCCCAUCUUGUAACUUCACGCUCGAACAACAAACGAUCAUCCUGUCAUCACAACCAUGAUCAUCGAGAACAUGACAGACCAUUUCAGCGACCACCAACGAGCUUCUUCAGCGGCGUCGACAUCUUCCUCUCUUUCCUACCUCUCGUUCACUCGAUCGCCUUCUCUCGACCGACCGGCACGAUGGAUUCCUCGCCGUCGGCACGCACCUCCACCAAUGUUGCCGACACACCGUCGUGCCAGAAGCUACGCUGACCUCCUUCCUUUCGAAGUCAGCCAACUGGCCUCUGUCCUUUGCCACGGUCCGCCUAUCAGCACUCCUCGAGAUGGAGCCGUCUGGACAACUUACGUGUCUCACACUAACGAACGCAUGGCCCUUCUCGGCUCCAAGCUGAGAGCUGCUACUACACUCCCAUCUUUCCUACCCUGGUCCAUCAACCACAGCUUGUGCAGCCUCCAUCGCCGUCUCAACGCUAAGCCAUUAGAAGACAUCUUUGCCGCCUUGCGGUACGAAGUUGAGACCAGGACCCAGGAGAUCUGGCAGUCUGUUGCACUCGCUGGAGGCUUGUCAGCUUCUCAAACCGAGCAGCUUGCCUUGAUGGAUGAGAUACAAGCGCUAUGGCUUUCAUCUGCCGACUUCAUGCAAAAGUUCAAUCGGUUGCCUACUCCCAAAUACGGAUAUCAGACUGACGGCUGCGUGGCCUGCAUUCUGGCACGAAUGGGAGGAAAUCUGGAGGUUAUCAUGGCCCUAGGUGCCUUGCUGCUUGGUUCGAUGCGAAGAUCGGAUAUGCUCAGUACUCGUGUCUGCUUUUGUCGCGAGUGGGUGAGGUAUAUCGUGGGCGAUGUCGACUGUGUCGAUACUGCUCUCGCCAAAAUGGACAAGAUGGGCACGAAACUCCGGGAAGCUAGAAGGUGGGCUCGUCAGCGAAAGGAGGCUACGAGCGAGCGACCGGACAGAAAUCUUGGGCUAGGAGGCAUGCCGUAUGUGCAGCCAAAGAGAGUGUCCAGUCGCCAGACGGCUGCCACAACCGGUCACCAAGAUUCUGAUGGAACUGGAUUGAACACCAUUGGAGGAGGCAAAAAACAGCAUUUAGGCGAAGGUCACAGUCGCCAAAGAGCUGUCACAGUAGGGCAGCAAGUCUCUGAACGUUACUCGCCCGAACAGCUCCCUCCUGAACCGAUCUCGGCCCACGAUCCUUCCACUGAUCUGUACUCGCCUGAACAAUACUACUCUACUCAGAGCUCACCCGCCCCUCAGCAUUGCCUUCCUUCUGCCUCGUUGUCGCCCGCACCCCCACCUCAGUCCAAUCAGCCAAUUCGAAGACAAUGUCAGCCUGAAGUCCAGUCAGAAACUUGGGAGGAGAGGAACAUCCUUCUCGAUGCAAGCAUCAUACGAUCAAAACGCCUUCGCCAAACCCGCCCUCGUCCUCAUAUUCGGAGUGUGUCACAAAUCCCUUCCUGGAUGGCAGCUCCUCUCCUUUCUCUCCGCCAAGCCACGACACUGCAGGACUACCCCCUGAUUUACCAUUUCGUCUCUUUAAUUGGCGGCGUGCGGAAAGUGAUAGCAGUCCACCUAAAGAAGCUGUACCGUUCCCUAUCUACCCUGCUUCACCUAAACGUUCUACCGCCGAUCGUUCCAAGGACGGCCUGAGUCCUGUGCCUACCUUGGCUAGAUUGGGCGGCGACAGGGGUGUCGGUGCUCUCUGGAGAAGAAGGAUUGAGAAGAUGACUGUGAGCGAGGGAGGAAACAAGUAAAAAGGGAACAUGCACACACCAUAGAGGUGCUCAAGUACCACAGAGUUGACUGAAAAUGGCAAUAGGUAAAGAGGAGUGGUCGUGCAGAAAUAUUCACAGGUUGUGUUUCGCUAUGCAAUCGACAUACAUUGUCAAGCUG